CGCUCCCAGCUGAUUUCUUCUCUCAAAAUCAAAAAGUGAUUUUUCUUAAAAAAAAACCCACUAAUAACCCUUAGGAAAACAAAUCAGAACUCUUCCCGUGAAGAUGCUGAAACCCUCUUAAAACCGAAAAGAUUGCAAGAAGGCUAUUUUUUUUUCUCUCCUAGGUAUUUUCUGAGGAUCCGUUGAUGACCAAUUUUUCAGAAGGAAAUUAAAUGGGACGUGGAGUUGCUGAGAUGCUCCACCUCAGUCUUCUGCUCUGGGGGCUCCUGGGACCCCUCCAUGCCCAGCAGUAUACUCAAUAUGUGGAAAAUAUUGGGUUAGAACUUACCAACUCCAGGAAUUCUGAAAGACGCAACUGUCCAGAAAAAACAGACUGUCCCAUCAACGUGUACUUCGUCAUCGACACAUCUGAAAGCGUUGCCAUGCAGCCUCCCAUUGAAAGUCUGGUGGAUCACAUCAAGGACUUUGUGACUCAGUUUACCAGCCAGCUGGAGAACGAGUUCUACCAGAACCAAGUGGCCAUCAGCUGGCAUUACGGGGGGCUGCACUUCUCUGACCUCGUAGAGAUCUUCAGUCCACUGCCCAGCAACAAAGAAUCCUUCAGGAACAAGCUCUUGGGCAUCAAAUAUUUUGGCCGGGGCACGUUCACAGAUUGCGCUAUUGCCAACAUGACGGAGCAGGUGACGCGGAGCCAGGUGGCCGGAGUCAACUUCGCCGUGGUCAUCACCGAUGGCCACGUCACCGGCAGCCCCUGCGGAGGGAUGAAGCUACAAGCCGAGAGGGCCCGAGAUGCGGGGAUCAAACUCUUCUCCGUGGCUGUCAACGACAACCUAUAUGAGUCCGGCCUCCGGGAGAUCGCGAGCCUCCCUUAUGAGCUCUAUCGCAACAACUACACCACCCUGAAACGCGGCAUUGACUAUGACACCAUUAACAAAAUCAUUCAGGUCAUGAAACAUGAAGCAUACGGAGAGUGCUACAAGCUGAGCUGUCUGGAAAUCCCAGGGCCGCCUGGACCGAAGGGCUACAGAGGACAGAAGGGUGCAAAGGGUAAUAUGGGUGAUCCAGGUGAACCUGGACAGAAAGGACGACAGGGAGACCCAGGUAUCGAAGGUCCAAUUGGAUUCCCAGGUCCAAAAGGUGUUCCUGGUUUGAAAGGAGAAAAGGGUGAGUUCGGUGGAGACGGGAGAAAGGGCGCUUAUGGACUGGCUGGCAGAAAUGGAACCGAUGGGCAAAAGGGCAAGUUAGGACGCAUUGGACCUCCUGGAUGUAAGGGAGACCCUGGUGAUAAGGGCCCUGAUGGCUAUCCAGGAAAUGCAGGAAGUCCAGGAGAACCAGGAGACUCAGGUAUUAAGGGAGAUCCGGGCCGUGCGGGACGUAGAGGACCCCCAGGAGAAGUAGGAGAAAAAGGAAACAGGGGAUACAACGGCAGUAGUGGAGCUCCGGGAAGUCCUGGCCUCAAAGGAGCCAAAGGAGGCCCUGGGCCCAUUGGACCUAAAGGAGAACCGGGCCGUCGAGGGGAUACAGGAGCCAAAGGUGGCCCGGGCAGUGAUGGGGCCAAAGGAGAAAAGGGAGAUAUCGGCCAAGAGGGGCCAAGAGGACUACCAGGUGAAGUUGGAAACAAAGGGGCAAAGGGAGACAGAGGUCUGCCUGGGCCCAGAGGAUCCCCAGGUCUGCCUGGAGAGGCUGGCAAAGAAGGAUCAAGAGGGGACCCAGGUGAUGCGGGACCCAGGGGCCAAUCAGGCCCUCGAGGACCAAAGGGAGACAGAGGUCGACCUGGCUUUAGUUAUCCUGGUCCUAGAGGAGAACCGGGCGACAAGGGAGAACCCGGUCCACGAGGCCCUGAGGGUGGAAGAGGGGACUUUGGUUUGAAAGGAGCUCCCGGAAGCAAAGGAGAGAAAGGUGGCCCUGCGGAUCCUGGCCCCCCUGGUGAGCCUGGACCUAGGGGACCUCCAGGAAUACAAGGACCAGAGGGCGAACCUGGUCCACCUGGAGAUCCUGGUCUUACAGAAUGUGAUGUGAUGACCUACGUGAGAGAGACAUGUGGUUGCUGCGAUUGUGAGAAGCGCUGUGGUGCUCUAGACAUUGUGUUUGUCAUCGACAGUUCAGAGAGUAUCGGUUUCACCAACUUCUCCCUGGAGAAGAAUUUUGUCAUCAACGUAGUCAGCCGGCUUGGUGCCAUCGCCAAAGACCCCAAGUCUGAGACAGGGGCCCGCGUGGGCGUCGUGCAGUACAGCCACGAGGGAACAUUCGAGGCAAUUCAGCUGGAUGAUGAGCGGAUAGAUUCCCUCUCUAGCUUCAAGGAGGCCGUGAAAAACCUGGAGUGGAUCGCCGGCGGCACCUGGACUCCCUCCGCCCUUCAGUUUGCCUAUAACAAGCUCAUAAAAGAGAGCAGGCGGAAGAAGACCAAGGUGUUUGCGGUCGUGAUCACGGACGGGCGCCACGAUCCCCGGGACAAUGAUGCCAACCUGCGGGCCCUGUGCCAUGUAGACGUGACGGUCAACGCCAUCGGCAUUGGGGACAUGUUCCACAAACGCCAAGAGGAUGAGACCCUGAAGUCCAUUGCCUGUGGGAACGAAUCCCAGGUGCAUGGCAUGAAUCUCUUUUCCGAGUUGGUGGCCGAAGAAUUCAUCGAUAAAAUGGAGGAUGUUCUUUGCCCAGACCCAGAGAUCGUCUGCCCGGAGCUUCCCUGUCAGACAGAACUCUAUGUAGCCCAGUGCACCCAGCGUCCUGUUGACAUCGUCUUCCUGCUGGAUGGCUCAGAGAGGGUUGGGGAGAACAAUUUCCACAAGGCCCAGAGCUUUGUGGAAGAGGUAACCCAGAGGCUCACUCUGGCGAGAAGUGACGAUGACAACAUGAACGCCCGGGUGGCCCUCCUGCAAUACGGGGGAGACGCAGAACAGGAAGUCGUCUUCCCACUCACCUCCAACCUGACCGUCAUCUCCAACGCACUGGCCAAUCUCAGGUACCUCGACUCCUCCUCCAACGUCGGCAACGGGAUCGUCCAUGCCAUCAACCAUAUCGUCAUCCCCCCGGUAGACAACCAGAAAAAGGCACGACCCAACGCGGAGCUCUCCUUCGUCUUCCUCACGGAUGGCGUCACAGAGAGCAGAAGCCUGAAGGAAGCCACCGAGGCCAUGAAAAAGCAGGAUGUGGUUCCCACGGUGGUGGCCCUUGGCAGUGACGUUGACAUGGACGUACUGCUAGAGAUCAGCCUGGGGGAUCGGGCUUCCAUCUUCCGGGAGAAGGACUAUGACAGCCUCUCCCAGCCCAGUUUCUUUGACAGGUUCAUUAGAUGGAUCUGUUAGUACUCAUUGGGAAUUUUUAAAUGCACAGGUCCCAACCCUAACCCCUCGCCACCGAACACAGAUAUUCACAUACAUCUGAAAGAUAUUGCUUUUUUUUUUCCUGAUCUUGUACAAUGGUUAAAAUCCAAGGAUUUGCCUGGGAUUGAGGCUAAGAAGCAUGAUUUUACUAGAGACCCUCUAGAACAGAUUAUAUGUGGAUUUUAAUUAUUCCACAGUGAACAAUAGUGACCAGUCCUGAACUCCUUUUUUACGGUGCUAAUAGAAGACAAGAACAGAAAAGGAUUCAGAGCCAUACAUGUAACCUUUACUGCCUUAAAAAAAGUCAAACAGUUCCUUUCUGUGUGAGUGCACGUGAGUGUGAGUGUGUAUGGAUAUGCAUAUGCAUUCAGCUGAAUGCAAAGCUGAGAGGAGAAACUCAGCAUCCCAGCUUAGUGAAAAUGUCCAGUAUCCAGUUUUCUCCCCACAUGUUUCCCUUUUCUCAUUUCUGAUGGAGCCUAGAGUGACCACCCCUAGUUUAGGGAUUCCCCAGUUCCAAAUAACAGUGUUGGUGAGCAUUUGCUAACCUUAUGCUUGGUUCAAAGUUAAAAGAGAGCGGAAAACCCCCAAAUACUGACUAAGCAUUGCCAGGAGCUCCAAAAGCAAACUCCUUCUUUUCUCUUCUCCCAAAAAAGAUAAUUUAGUUGUCUGUAGCUUCAGAUACCCUGAAGAAACUCACGCUUUUCCUGUAGCCUCCUGUCAGUUAUUCUUUCCCUACCAGUCAGUAGUAGAUUUAUAUCUAUAAAAAGCAACCAAAUCAUUCUAUCGACCCACCCGGAUACUAACCCACAAGCCUGGGAAAACACCUCUAAGCCUCUCCCUGUAGAAAUAUCCUGCAUCCUCCACCAGAGCCUGGCUCUGUUCUCCCUCAGUAUCCCAUUCCCUGCAUUGAUUGCUUUUUCUUUGCUUCCCUUGGCUAACACCACUCAUUUCUCAUGAGAAUCCACCUGCUUAACACUUCUGAUACUUCCUCACUUCAAGAUCCAGGGCGUACCAAGUUUUGCAGAUCCCGCUGGCUGAGUUCAGAGCCAUGUAAAUUCUAAGAGCCUCCAUGGGUGUGCAGGCGAACAUAAGAAAUUGUAAUUUUGGAUCAUCUUGAUAUUGUUUUUCCUUGAAAUAAGUGUGCUAUUUUAUAAAUAAACUUUUUUCCCUUCCCA